UUAUAUACGCUAUGUGAAGAAACACGUGAACAUUUUGCUCACAAAUGGCUGCCACGUUAUUCUGGUCUUCGAUGGGCAGCCACUACCGGCUAAAAAGGAAACGAACAGCUCACGGCGUGAGAAGCGUGAUUUCCUCAAGCAGAGGGGUGAUCUUUUGCUGAGCGAAGGAAGAGCCAGCGAAGCUUAUGAUUGUUUUAAACGUAGCGCCUCACUUACAACUGAAAUUAUUGAGAGUGCUAUUCAGGCAUUCCGGCACAUGAAUAUGGUUGAUAUAAUUGUUGCACCGUACGAAUCGGAUGCGCAGCUUGCUUUUCUGGCGAAAGCGAAAAUGGUUCAAGCAGUAGUUACCGAGGAUUCAGAUCUCAUUGCAUUCGGUUGUGAAAAGAUUAUCUUCAAAAUGGAUCCGACAGGCUCAUGUGUUAUUUUCGAGAAAGCUUUACUGCCAAAGUGUUUGUGUAGAGCGUUGGCAGAAAAUUUCGAUUUUGAGAAGUUCCGUAGAAUUUGUAUUCUAGCCGGAUGCGAUUACUUGCAGGUGCUGCCUCGUCUUCCUCGAUACCUUAAUAUGAAUUCACUGAAAAUCACGAAACAGUUUAUUUCUGACUUUAUUCGUGCCGAGAACACAUUCCUUUAUCAAGUGGUUUUCGAUCCUAUUGAAAGGAAGCAGCGCCCACUGCACGAUUAUCCACUCAGCCAACGUUCUAACGAAAAUGAUUCAGACUUCCAUUCGAUUAACAGUCAGGAGAGUGAUUGCGAUUUUUCAUACGCCGGUGAAAUUCAAUCGCCUGAGCUCGCCUUAAGGUUUUUUUUUACAUUUUAG